AGGUCCUCCCUCCCCGGAUCUAAUCACCUGUUAGCACAGGACUUUCCCCACACCGGCCGCCAUCGUUUCCCGGGGGAAAACUAAGCAUCGAGUUAAAAGCUCCCAGCAUUUAUAAAACUCCCGGGAGGUGUUGCCGAGUGCAUGAUGGAGAGACUAGAUUCACAGAAAACCCCGAAACGGUCCCCCCUGGAUCUGAUCAUGAACCAGAUCCGCAGGAAGAAGUCCUUCAGCGAGCGUCUGCAGAAGCCGUCUGUCUCCCGGUUCUUCCGCCCCUUUGAAAGCGAGGAUAGAAAGGAGUCCGGCGUCUCUGAGGAGGGAGAGGACAAAGAGGAUGUGUCCCCCGGGACAGGGGAGAGCGAGCCCUUAGAGACAGAGCCGGGCUCCGUGGUGGGCUGGGGGCGUGUCAGGCAGUUCGUGCAGAGACUGGGGAGGCAGCCGGACAGCCAGAGCCUGAGCCUGAGCCACUGUGACCUUACAGCUACUGAUGUGGUGGAGCUGGCCACCCUGCUGCCCUUCCUGAGCGGCCUGGAUGAGAUGGACCUCUCGUGGAAUGAUCUGAUUGGAGGGUCGCUGAAGGCACUGACCUUUCACCUCCAGCAUGUGUGCAGGCUGAGGGCACUGAGACUGAGUGGCUGCAGGCUGAGCACGCAGGACCUUGCUGCCCUGGGGGAGACCCUGGAAGAGCUCCCCCUGCUGGAGGUACUGGAUCUGUCCUGGAACGCUGGGCUGGGGGGUCACCUGCAGUUCCUGGCUGCUCAACUCCGCUCUGGCUGCCGGUUGAAGGAGCUCCACCUAGUGGACUGUGGGCUCACUGCGGCAGAUGUGGGCGCCAUGGGUGCUGUGCUCUCCAGGCUGCUGAGCUUGGAGCUGCUGGACCUGUCCACUAACCAGCUUUUGGGAGGGGCCCUUGGGAACUUGGUCCCCCAGCUGCGGGACACCCCAGGCUUGCGGGUUCUGCGGCUUCGGGGGUGUGGACUGGAGCUCCAGGGCCUGGAGAUGCUGGGUGGUGUGCUCGAGUUCCUCCCCACCCUGCAGGAGCUGGAUCUGUCCUGUAACAGGGGGGUGUCUGGGGGGCUGGCCCUUCUGGGGGCCCAGCUGGGGGGCCUCGCACAGCUGCGCUGCCUGGAUGUACACGAGUGCUGUCUGACAGAGGAUGAUGUGCAGGCUCUGGUUCAGGCACUCCCUUCCCUCUGUGACAUCACCAUGCUGGAUUUAUCCUCCAAUAAGAAGCUUGGGGGCGUGUCCCAUCAGCUCUUUGCUGGCAUCCCACUGGGAAAUGUGAAGAGGCUUAACCUGAGUAGCUGCUGUCUCACGGAGGAGGCCUAUCUGGCUCUCGGUACGCUGUCAACCACUCACCAUGGCAACGCAUUGGCUCCCCCUGCUGGAGGCCCUGAACCUGUCAUGGAACAAGUGCGUGGGGGGGAAGCUGAACUCGCUGCUGGAGGCCCUGCCCGCAGGCGCCGCCCUGCUGGAGAUGAGGUUAAGCAGCUGCGGCCUGACGGCGGAGGACGUGCUGCAACUGGCAUCUGUGGCAAGGCGCCAGGCCCUGAGUCACCUGAGGCAGCUGGACCUGUCCUACAAUGGCGGUGUGGGCGGGGCAGGAUGGCUGCCUCUCUUCCAGUCGCUGGGGAGCCUGGUGGCGCUAACAGAGCUGGACGUCAGCCUGCGGCCCUCGGAUGCCGCCCCCGCCUCCGCCUGGCUGUCUGCCCUGCUGAAUGCCACGCCACGUCCUCCCGCUCUGCAGGUGGCGGCCUUGCGCCACUGGAGCCUCACCCCCCACGACAAGAACAUGAUGGACAUUUUUUGCAAGAAUGCCAGAAUGAGCAUCUUCUUUGACUAUGACCCCUAGAGGUGGGAAUGUUAGCAGCUGUGGCCGGAUUAGCGAUGCGCUGACAUUGUUAGCUUGGUAGCUAAGUGAUUCGUUAUGAUGCAGUCAAGAGGCAGAAUCAGCGUAAAUGACAGAUAGGCGAUUAACCAGCCUGUAAUUACAGCCUGUGUUUUGUCAUUCCUCAUUCUCUGAUCCAAAUAAAUACCAAAUACAUUUCAGCUUAUAAACCACAGAGUUAUUGGGAUCUGUACAAAAAAUGGCAAAGGUAGAUAAUUCUGAUCCCCCAAAGCUACAAAACCUACAAAAUCAGCCUAUUAUCAGCACAUUGGUUGGACUGCUUUUAUCAGCUAUUGACUGUGUGUAAUGCUGGCUGCUCUCUUUGUUCCUAUUCGCUAAUGUCAGUCCUGUAGAGUGCCUGCCCAGGCAUAGUAAUCUGAUUGGUCAGACACCUCUUUGGUCCAUGGUGGAAUUCCUUGAAGAACACAAUGUGUUUAUAGAUUUGAAUUGUUUAUUGUGUGCCCUGCAAUGGGUUGGUGCCCCAUCCUGGGUUGUUCGCUGCGUUGCGCCCAUAGCUUCCAGGAUAGGCUUCGGACCCCCACGACCCUCAAUAGGAUAGGCGGUUACAGAACAUGGAUGGAUGGAUGGAAUUGUUUAUUGGGAUUCAGUUAAUCUGUGAGUAAAUUAAGUAUCCUACAACUUAUUGUUGAAUCACAGAAUGCUUUCAUGGUUUGUAUUUAUAUAAGAUGGAGUGCUGUUUAAGAUUCAUGUUGCAUGAUGCUUUGUGACUCAUUACAUAUUGCUAAAUAGAAUUUGUAUUUAAUUUGUUUUUACCUAGUGUGGGAUUUGGUAGUUUACCCUCUUAUUAACUAUAAUACUAUUCUCUGGUGUUUAUCACUUUGUAAGCUCUCGGGAAAUCUAUUUAAUGAACAUGUCAAAUACGGAAAUAGUUUUUAUUAUAGACAUUUAAUAUGAUGUGGAUGAAGCACUGAUUAUGAAAACCUUUUGGAUGGGAACAAAAAACAUUAUUUAGGACAAUGUAUAUUUUGUAGAUUUUUAGUAGAUUUGAGUGGUAUGGGGAGUCAUUAAUGGGGGCCUUGGCAUCCAUCUUAAUGAGAGCCCCUCAAGCUCUGCUCAUCUAAGUAGACAUGUAGCUGUGUCAUCUUACAAUCCAGUUUUGAUACGUGACGAUCGGUCUGUAGGGGCCCCUGCCUUCAACUGCCGCGAUCUGCAUAGCACCUGACCCCUACGGCUCCCCCUGCAGGCGGUGGGCCCACAGGAGAGCAGACCCUUGUUAUUCCCCCGGGGCCCAGGCUAUGCCUGGCUGGGCCCCAAGGGUAGAAGGCAGAAGUGAGAGUAAAGUAAAUGUUCAUAUGAAUUACGUUCUUUUGGAAUUUUUUUUUUAACUGGUUUGAAUUUUAAGUUUUUAUGAGCUGCUGGAUAUCACCUGCCGAACUGAAAAAAAAAAUCUUUUAUGCUUCGAAGGCGGACCACAGUUCUGCAUACAAAAGGUCGGCAUCAGUGGACCUGCAGCAGCAUACCUGUAAGUUUACAUAACUGCAAGCUGCCAGUAAACCCUGCUGACUAGUUUGUACAAAAAAUUAGUCUGGCAGGUUAUUUUAUAUGACUGGUAUCAAAAUUACAUUAUUAGGUAUACAAUGUAUUGUAUAUGGGGAAAAAAAAGUUAAGUCGAAGUCACAGAAAAACCAGACGUGCUGGAGCAAAACUAAAUAUACUAAAAAUGUUUGUUUAUGAAGGGUGUUUGAAAAAUGUCAUUUGAUACUAUACACCAAAUUUGAUGUUGGCUUUGUGUAAUUUAUGUUGAACUUUAAUUGUAAAUUGUGACAAAACCAGACAUGUGGCGGCAAAUUGGAAGCCAUAUUCUGAAACUACAUGACAAACUGUAGAACAUGCACUUGUUUUUGUUAAAUCAGCUAACAAAAUUUUUUUAAAUGUCAGCCGGUGUAAUAUUAUUGUGCCAAGGUUGAACUGCAUAAACAUGUUUUUUACUGAU